AUGGCCUGGGCCCCUCUCCUCCUCACCCUCCUGGCUCACUGCACAGGAUCCUGGGCCCAGUCUGUGCUGACUCAGCCAUCCUCAGUGUCGGGGUCCCCGGGCGAGAGGGUCUCCAUCUCCUGCACUGGAAGCAGCACCAACAUUGGGAGUCACGUUGUGUCCUGGUACCAACAGCUCCCAGGAAAGGCCCCCAAAUACAUCAUCUGUAAGGAUAGCAGUCGAUUCUCAGGGGUCCCUGACCGAUUCUCUGGCUCCAAGUCUGGCACCUCUGCCUCCCUGACCAUCACGGGGCUGCAGGCUGAGGAUGAGGCCGACUAUUACUGCUUAGCAUGGGACAAGACUCUUAAUGGUUAUGUGUUCGGCGGAGGGACCCAGCUGACCGUCCUAGGUCAGCCCAAGUCUGCACCCUCCGUGUCUCUGUUCCCGCCAUCCGCUGAGGAGCUCGCCAACAACAAGGCCACACUGGUGUGUCUCAUGAGUGACUUCUACCCGGGCAGCGUGACGGUGGCCUGGAAGGCAAAUGGCACCCCUGUCACCCAGGGCGUGGAGACCACCAAGCCCUCCAAGCAGAGCAACAACAAGUACGCGGCCAGCAGCUACCUGAGCGUGUCCAGCCAAGACUGGAAGUCCGCCAGCGCCUACAGCUGCCAGGUCACGCACGACGGGAAGACCGUGGAGAAGACAGUGGCCCCCUCGGAGUGUUCCUAGGACCUGAGUCCCCACUUCUGGGGACACUUCUCCGUCAGACCCUCCCUUCCUCCCCUCCCCACUGUCCCCCUGCAGCUCCUGCCCUGGUCGCUCAGACUGGGCAGCUCGCCAUCCCUCCCCAUUUCCCCUUCUCCUGAAUAAACUCCUGUCAUUUCUCA